UUGCUCUCACUUGCUUGGUAGUUUUUCCAUUCAAGAGAGAGAGACAUGGCUUGUUUAAACUGCCUUUCAUCCACCAAAGCUCUCGUAUUCGCCUCUCUACCCAACAACCCUCGUCCUCAAACUAAGCGUACGCCUCCAGUGCGCAGGAUAAAAACUUCCACCACACCACCACCAACUAUCCAACAACAAAAACAGCCCUCAGUUGCCGAAAUCGAACGAGCCAUCGGCACCGGCGUUUUCCGAGACAGAGACACGGACGACAGGGACUCGAAACAGAGUGAGACUCUGUUUGAUGCAAUUUUGUCAAAUACAAUUGGCAAAACUGAAGGACCGGCCGAGAAGAAGCUUCGGGAGACUGGAGAGUGGAUCAUUGAUAAAAGCGAGAGCGUUACUCACUCUGCAGGAAAGAGAAUUUUGGUGGUUGUGUUUCAGUGGAUUCUUCCAAUGUGGCUUUUGGCAUUCCUAGUGGCUUCUGGGAUCGUAAAGCUACCAUUCAGCACACCGUUCCUUGAUGACCUGAUUAUGUGAACGACAAAAUCUUGUGUCGGUUCGAGCUAAGUUUUCACUGUUACCGCUAAUUAUGGUUGUACUAUAAUAUAUUUUCAUGCCAUGCAGGUUAGUGUGAUGUAUCGAUUUAGACUUGUUUACCAAUUUCAAUCUCACAUCAAAUAUGAAGUCUCUGGUAGGAUUGAACAUAUUGAAUGUUAAAAAUAUGUUCAUAUGUUGCAUCUAUAUGUAUAGCCAGUUCACUGAUGUAAUUAACAGUUCAUGGGUAAACUUUAUAUGUAAUUUUUGACAGUUUUAAGUCCAAGUUUGUUUCAUGACAAGGACAUCUUCUUCUUUUUUUGAAAAGUUUAAUGGCAAGGACAUGGUUUUGGUUA